AUGGGCACCACGACUACUACAACUAAAGUUGUUGGUGUUGCACUCCUAGUUCUCUUUAGUGUAACCAUAUGUAAUGCCACUAGAGCUCUCCUCACUUUUGAGCCAUUCCCAUAUGGUGCCGGCCACGGCAUUGGUGGCGGCUCGGGCUACGGUGGUGGUGGUGCUGCCGGAGGCUAUGGUGGUGGCGGAGGUGGAGGCUCCGGUGGCGGCGGCGGCUAUGGAGUUGGGGAGCACUUCAUCCCUGGUAAUGGUGUGAUAGGAGAACAUGGGGUAGGGUUUGGAAGUGGUGGUGGUAGUGGAGGUGGGUACGGAGUUGGUGGAGAUCACGGCGGUGGCUCUGGUGGUGGUGGAGGCGGCGGCUCUGGUGGCACUGUCGGUUAUGGUGGUUUAGGUGGGUACGGUUCUGGUGGAGGAAGCGGCAGUGGGGCCGGUUAUGGAGUAGGCGGAGAGCACGGAAUUGGCUACGGUGGCGGUGGCGGUGGCGGUGGCGGUGGCGGUGGCGGUGGNNNUGGCCGCGGCGGUAUGGGCGGCGGCGGUGGUGAUGGCGGCGGUGACGGCGGUGGUAUAGGCGGUGGCUGCCAUGGGGGUAUUGGGAGUGGUGGAGGCGAUGGUGGCGGUGGUGGUACGGGAGGUGGUACGAGCGGUAUAGGGUGUGGUGGUGGUGAGGACAGAGAAUAUGUGUAG